GGAUGAACGUGAUAGUGAGUGAGUGAGCUCUGGGCCUCCAACAGUCCGGCAGACUGGUUCGUUAUGAUAACUGGUGUGGUGGCGGUGGUUUUGUCCAGUCAAGAAUGCGCACAUUACCGUAGCUGAAGGACUUCCAAAAUGCUCAUCAACAGGAGAUUGCUUCCCUUGAAGGGCCAUAUGUUCCUAUUUUUUGGGUGUAUCGCCCCGAUUCUUGCAUUCGUCCUAGUGCUUGCAUUACAGUUAGGUAUUCCCCUGCCGUUGCAGGGAACCCUGACAGCUCUCUGUCUUCUGUUCACCAUCGUUGCGAAGCCGCUGAUCGCUGGAUUAGCCGAUGCCUUCCCUUCAUACAGAAAGGUACUCUUCUUAGCCGUCCUGGGUAUCAUGGUGACCUCGUUCAGUGCCAUCAAGUUCAUACCCCCCCUUGAAAAAUCAUUCCAGAUAAGAGGAAGAUUACUAAGCGAUGUUAGUCUUUUAGGAAACGGCAGCUACAAUCAGGAGAAUGUUACUGAGAAAGAAGACACAAUUGAACGUAGUAAUGGUACCAUGAAUUCCAUGAAAAAUCAUCGUCUGUUCCAGCAUGGUACAGAAUCUAAUGCAAGCCUUCAUGGACUGUUGUUUCUCUUGGCUGAUAAUGAUGGUAGUAACCCAGACAUCAGAAGUGGAAAGGAGUGUACAUUCAUUUGUGAAUCGUGGUAUUGUUCUAACGUGACUGAAACUGAGAGAAAAGAUGAAUAUUUAAGUAUCAGUCUAGUCUCAUGGUAUACUGGUCAGCAAGUUUCCAAUCAUUCAACUAAGGUUAGUGAUCAGCUGUACCAAAUAGAAGGGAUCCAGAUACCCAUCAGAUAUCAACAAGUUGAUGUAAGCUUACAGUGUUUGGGAGGUGAGUUUGUUUCUGAAGAUGGAAGCUAUCAGAGAGCCUUGCAAAGUUGGCAGUUCUGGUUGCUGGCAGUUUUUAUGAUUGCAGGACAUUCGACAUUCAACACUGCUGUAUCAAUCACAGAUGCUAUCACAGUGGAUACCAUAGACAAUGACGGGUCUUACGGUGUUCAAAGGGCUUGGGGGACCAUUGGAUGGGGAGUAAUAGCACCUAUUAGUGGCCUUUUGGUAGACUGGUGGUCGGGAAAUUCCUCCACCAAGGACUACACUCCUGCCUUCCUCCUGUGCUUUUCUUUAGGUGCUCUAGAUUUGAUUUUAUCAGCAGCAUAUCUUAAGGUUCCUAAAAUCAAGGAUGACAGCAAUAUUUUGGAAAAAAUCUUCGGCCUCUUCUAAAGCAAUCUAGAUUUUUCGUCUUUUGUUGCUUCGCAUUCCUUAAUGGAUUUCUUGAUGGUAUUGGAGUUAACUUCAUAUUUGUAAUGCAGGAGGACAUGGCAAAGGGUACUAGUGCUGUGGAUCAUAUGAAAUUUCUACAAGGGUUAACACUCUUGGUUCCGAGUUUAGUUGAAGUGCCUGUUAUGUUUGCUCAUGGGUGGUUCAUGAAACAAUUGGUGCACAAAGAGUGCUUUCACUUGUGUUCAUCAUUCACAUUUUCCAUCUACUUGGCCAGUUUAUCGUUGGUAAAUAUGGUUCAUUAUGGACAACUUUGGUGCCAGAGCUACUAAAUGGAGCUUGCUAUGGUCUUGGUUAUGCAGCAAUUGUUGCUUAUGCUGCACAAAUUGCACCAACUGGAACUUCAAAUACAGUACAGAGUGUUGUCAACAUCUGCUAUGAGAGUUUUGGAUAUGCUGUAGCCGUGUUCGUAGGUGGACUUAUCUACAAUGAAGUUGGAGGACCAUAUAUGUACCUCAUAGGCAGUGGAUUUGCAGUCUUGACUUUCAUUUGCCAUUUAAUUUCUCUGAAACUACUUGCACCAUCUAGAGAAACCUGUGAAACUGAGGAGUACCGGUAUGUGGCCUCAUAAGCAAGAGGUGUCUGGCAUUCACCGAGAGGAAUCAGAGUCACUCAGAACUAAUGAUGAAUCGUAGGUAAUGAAAAACGAAUUGUUAAUUUGUAAGUAGAAUUUGUGGAAUGUACUCUGUAAAUGAAAAAGAUUUAUUUUUUCCACGCUAAAUAUGACAUACUUAUUACACAGGUUAACUAAGAACAGCUAUUGUAAUAAUAUUCUAAAUGCUGAAAUCCUUUAUGUUAGGGCAGCAUAAAAUCUUCAAAUAAAGAAGCCCCAAGUUCUCUGCAACGAUGAUAUGCCAACGGCUGUAUAAGUCCCUGUGUACUUUUGUAUUAAUACAAAAAAAAAAAAAAAAAGCCUGGUUAUGGCCAUACCACUAUGAGAGGAAUAAAAGCCAACUAAGAAUUGAAAAGACGAAGUAUAAAAUUAAUGACGCUGAGGCAGCUGUUAUGGUUUGUGGAAUAUAGUUAGAAAGAUGGUCUCGUACCAGAAUAUUAUUAUUAUUAUUAUUAUUAUUAUUAUCAUUAUUAUAUAUUAUUACUUGGGAAAGAGACCCUCUGUAAAAACAGGCUCUUUGAAAAAUAAUGGCUGGCUUAUCA